GAGGAUGCCUCCACGUACUUUCGACACGCUCGUGCAGCUCGUCGGACCACACAUUCGGAAGAAAGAUACGAAUUUCCGAAAAGCGAUCAGUCCCGAGCACCGGACUGCGCAAACUGUCAGAUUCUUGGCUGCAGGGGAAACGCUCCGCUCAUCUUGUUUUAGCUUCCUAAACGGACGCUCGACAGCCUGUGGCAUUGUGUGGUCGGUGUGCCAAGUGCUGUGGGACGUCCUUGGCCCUUUGUACGUUGCCUGUCCAUCAAGUGCAGAUGAGUGGCUGCGGAUUGCAAGUGAUUUCGAGGAGCGGUGGAACAUGCUCCACUGCGUGGGCGCAAUUGAUGGAAAACAUGUUGCCAUCGAAUGUCCUGCCAAAUCAGGAAGUGAGGACCGGAACUACAAACACUUUUUCAGUAAAUCUCUGCUUGCCAUCAGCGACGCCUGCUACAGAUUUCUGUACGUAGAAAUAGGUCACCAUAGCAGCGACUCAGAUGGCGGUGUGUUCAGCCGAAGUAGGCUACAAGAGGCCAUUCUUUCCAACAAGCAAGGAUUCCCCCAUGAUGCACCGUUGAGCAACUUUGGCAACAUUCCCUUCUACCUGGUGGGAGAUGAAGCGUUUCCCCUUAAGACAUACAUGAUGCGGCCUUAUCCCAGGAAAUACAAUGUUCUGUCCAUGAUCAUGGACUCUUGCCAAGGGAUCUGA